ACUGUGAAAUUGCAGAGCUAGCUCGCUUGCAAGUCCCAACGGUUAAUUUUUUGCUAGCUGGUUGCGUGCUUUUCUUUAUUUAUUUGCGAGCGAGAGGAGUUUCUUACAACCAACAAUGGGGAGGCAACCGUGCUGCGCUAAGGUGGGGCUGAAGAGGGGCCCGUGGACGGUGGAGGAGGACCAGAAGCUCGUCACCUUCCUCCUCACCAACGGCCACUGCUGCUGGCGCGCCGUGCCCAAGCUCGCCGGACUGCUGCGGUGCGGGAAGAGCUGCAGGCUGCGGUGGACCAACUACCUCCGGCCGGACGUCAAGCGCGGCCUGCUGUCGUCGGAGGAGGAGAGGACGGUGAUCGACCUGCACGAGCAGCUGGGGAACCGGUGGUCCAAGAUCGCGUCGCAGCUGCCGGGGAGGACGGACAACGAGAUCAAGAACCACUGGAACACGCACAUCAAGAAGAAGCUCAGGAAGAUGGGCAUCGACCCCGUCACCCACAAGCCCCUCCAUCAGCCCGCUUCUCCUCCACCUCCUCCUCCUCUGACUCGGCAGGAGCAGGAGGAGAAGGACACCGGUGGAUCGCCGGAAGAGGAGGAGGAGGAGGAGAUCGUCACGGCGAUCACGGCAGGACACGAUGCGUCCUGCACCGACGAGGUGCCCAUGGCGCUCCUCCUGGACGACAUGGACAUCGUGUUGCCAGGCGACGACGUGGUCGGUGCACAGGCCGCGGCCUGCGUCGGCACGGUUUACUCGCCCGAGUCUUCUUCCUCCUCCUCGUCCUACUCCGCCUCGGCGGCAGCAUUGAGUGGUGGCAGCAGCAGCAGCAGCGUCGACGGCGAGUGUCCUGAUUGGCUGCCGAUGAUGGACUGGCCGGAGCCGAUUUGGCAGCUAGAGGACGUGGUUACGGCGCGGACGCCGUGGGAGUUUGAGGACCCCUUCGUCUACCAGAGGAUCGCCUUGUUUGAUCACCAGGAAACGUUCUGAUGAUUUGGUCAUUCUUUGCAGCUAAAUAGUAUAUUAAUCCACACAAGCG